AGAGUGGAGUGAUCAGCAGAGAGCAGGCACUGCUUCCUGGAUGGAAACAAAACGGAGGAGCAGAGCAGGCACACACUCAGGACGCAGGACGUUUAAACAUGUUUUUAGUUUUUCUUUAAGCUGCUACGUGUGUGAGAAAAGGCGGUAUCGGUGCGGCGGUGGAAUCUGGCGACAGCAGAGGUUAUUAUAACAGCAGAGUGUAUCAACACAUGUGUCUGCUCCACAGUAUAAGCACUGCGGCUGUGGAUCUGGACUCAGGGAGCUCCUACACCCAGUGGUCCACAGGCAAGGAACAUGGAGGUACUAGCUCCUCUCAGUCCCCAGCAGAAGGGCUAGGACCAGACUGAUUCUUCCCUCCCACUUUACCUACCUACCUGCCUGCCUGCCUGCCACGCCCCAACAUGGCCAGCAGGAGUCCCAACCUGAGUCGGGAAGCUGGGGAUUUGGCACCGGGGACCCCUGAGGCCGGCGAUAACCCCCAGCCGGGGCCGGAGAUAUUCUGCAAGCUGUGCCUCAGCGAGCAGCCAUCUGCAGCCACCCGGGCACUGCAGAGCUGCAACUGUGUCUUCUGUACAGCGUGUCUGCAGCAGUAUGUUCAGCUCGCCAUCAUUGAGGAAGGAGGGGCACCCAUCACCUGCCCAGAUAUGGCCUGCCAAAAGACCGGGGUGCUACUGGACUCUGAGAUAGCUAGCUUGGCCCCAGAAGAGCAGAUGGAGCUGUAUCAGCGUCUGAAGUUUGAGAGAGGAGUGAAGCUGGACCCCAGUAAAGCCUGGUGCCCGGUGCUUGAGUGCCAGGCGGUGUGCAACGUGCAGCCGAGCAGCGAAGGCCAGCCCACUGCUGUGCCCUGCCCGACCUGUCACGCCGUCUUCUGCUCCGGGUGCAGAGGGCCCUGGCAGGACAGCCAUACCUGCCCCGAGCGCCAGCCCAUGAUGUCACCCUCACCCUCUCAUGAAAGCAGGCCCCCCUCUGACAGCAACUCUGACAUGCCCAUCAAGCAGUGUCCUAUGUGUGGCAUCUACAUCGAGCGGAACCAGGGCUGUGCACAGAUGCUGUGUAAGAGCUGCAAACACACCUUCUGCUGGUACUGUCUGCAGAAUCUGGAUGGCGAUAUCUUCCUGAGGCAUUAUGAUAAGGGGCCGUGCAGAAACAAGCUGGGACACUCAAGGGCCUCAGUUAUGUGGAACAGAACGCAGGUGGUGGGGAUCCUGGUGGGGAUCAGCCUCGUCGUGCUGGUGACAUCUCCUCUCCUCCUGCUGGCCUCGCCCUGCAUCCUGUGCUGCGUUUGCAAGCCCUGCAGCGGAAGGAAAAAGAGGAAGAAGACGAGGAAGAAGGACCUCAGCCAACCAGACUCCUCCAUGUCAUAGCAGCUCCCCCUCUCAAUCGGCACAGCCCAGAAAUACUCCACUAACCUCAUGAAACCUGAAAGGAAACUAAGAAAGUGCAAGUGCUGCACGGUGGAAGGGAAUAAAUUUGUGGAACAAUGGAGUACUUUGUUAUGACUCAACAGACUGGAAGCCUUGUCAGUGAUUCAGUAUAGUGUUAAGGGUCAACAAGUGAAGACUGUCAUCUUAAAGCUCCGGCAGGUAGCUUUAAGAGCUAAAGAGUAUGUACUUUAUGUGUCUGAAGUGUAAAUAUGAGGAGAAUGAAUGUAACUCGCUCACCUAGUUGUUUUCAGAUGCACAACAGGUAGUAAAGAGAAGGCAGCGGCUGUGAGACUUUUCCUUGUACAGGGCUUUUGUUAUUGCCCACCUAUCGCUCGCGCAAACACACACACGCGUGCGCGCGCGCACACACACACACACACACGUGUGUGCGCAGUUCAAAGUGCAAUGCCACCCUCAUGUGCCAAAUGUCAUGAUGCCAAACCAGAGGUCUUAGGUACUCAAGUGCCUCACUCUACAGUGCCUGGCACUUGGUUGUAUUUGUUUUGCCUCCCAUUCUAUCUUUAUCUUAUGCAAAGUAUAGCAAUGAAAAUGGACAGCCGUCAGGGUUAAACCCCUGACACAUGCAAAACAUUCUUUCAUAAUGGGGGAAAUCAAACAGCAUCAUGUGUGCAAUGUAUAUUCUGUACUUGGGCUUCAGUGGUGCACAGAGAACUUUUCUUCUGCAAAUGUUGUUUCCAACUGGCGUAUGUCCCAGACCAAAGGCUCUAGAGGAUAAUGUGUACUUUUCUAAAGUGUGUUAAUGUGUAUUUAUGGGUUAUGUGUGUAUGGUAUCCUUUUGAUGUCUCUGCAUCAGAUAUUUUUUAAAAGCAGCAUUGUAACUGAAAUAAAUAUGCAUCAGAUGGUA